GGUGGCGCGGGGUGGGGGGCGCGGAGUGGAGGAGGCGGAGGAGGCGGCGGCGAGAAGAUGGCGACUUCGAACAAUCCGCGGAAAUUCAGCGAGAAGAUCGCGCUGCACAACCAGAAGCAGGCGGAGGAGACGGCGGCCUUCGAGGAGGUCAUGAAGGAUCUGAGCCUGACGCGGGCCGCGCGGCUCCAGCUUCAGAAGACCCAGUACCUGCAGCUGGGUCCCAGCCGCGGCCAGUACUACGGCGGCUCGUUGCCCAACGUCAACCAGAUUGGAAGCGGUGCCGCCGACCUGCCCUUUCAGCCUGGCGGAUUUCUGGGGGACGCCCUGGCAGCGGCUCCAGUUUCUCUGACCCCGUUCCAGUCCUCAGGCCUGGACACCAGCCGUACCACCCGGCACCACGGGCUGGUGGAUAGAGUAUACCGGGAGCGCGGCCGGCUCGGCUCCCCACACCGCAGGCCUCUGUCCGUGGACAAGCACGGAAGACAAACUGACAGCUGUCCCUAUGGCACUGUGUACCUGUCACCUCCUGCCGACACCAGCUGGAGAAGGACCAAUUCAGACUCGGCCCUGCACCAGAGCACGAUGACGCCCACGCAGCCAGAGCCCUUCACCGGGGGCUCCCAGGACGCACACCAGAAGAGAGUGUUACUGCUGACCGUCCCCGGGAUGGAGGAGACGGCGGCGGAUUCGGACAAGAGCCUUUCCAAACAGGCGUGGGACGGCAAGAAGGCAGGGGCCCGGCCCAAGUCCUGCGAGGUCCCCGGAAUCAACAUCUUCCCAUCGGCUGAGCAGGAGAACACCGGCACCCUGACGCCUGCCCCCUACAACACGGGGGGCUCCCUGCCCGACCUGACCAACAUCCACUUCCCCUCGCCCCUGCCCACCCCACUGGACCCCGAGGAGCCCAGUUUCCCGGCGCUCAGCAGCUCCGGCAGCACCGGCAACCUGGCGGCCACCCUGACGCACCUGGGCAUCGGCGGCGCCCAGGGGCUUGGCACCCCCAGCAACUCACCGCAGCACGGCCCAGCUGGGGUCACCCCGCUGUCCCUGAGUGCCGAGGUUCGGCGGCCACCAGCCCAGCCCGUGUCUCCCAGCCUAUCCCCGCUGUCGCCCAUCACACAGGCCGUGGCCAGGGACGCGCUGAGCCUGGAGCAGCGGCUGCCCUACACCUUCUUCGCCCAGGCGGGCUCCCCGCCACCGCCGCAGCCGCAGCCACCGCCACCCACAGCACAGCCACCACCGCCCCCACCGCCGCCCCCUCCGCCCCCACCCCAGGUGCCCGGCGCGGCACCCCCGGGUGGCCCCCUGAUGCCCAGCGCCAGCCUGACUCGGGGCCCGCCGCUGCCCCCACUCGUGGUCACAGUCCCGCCCUCUCUCCCCCAGUCCUCCCCAGAGAACCCUGGCCAGCCGCCGCUGGGCAUCGACCUCGCCUCGGCGCCCGCUCUGCAGCAGUACCGCACGAACGCCGGCUCCCCAGCCAACCAGUCCCCCACCUCGCCCGUCUCCAAUCAAGGCUUCUCCCCCGGGAGCUCCCCGCAACACACCUCGGCGCUGGCUGGCGUGUUCGCUGAUGCCUACUACGAACAGCAGCUGGCGGCCCGGCAAGCCAACGCCCUGUCCCACCAGCUGGAGCAGUUCAACAUGGUGGAGAGCGCCAUGGGCCCCAGCGGCCUGUACGGCGCCAGCCCGGCCCUCAGCUACUCGCAGGCGGCAAUGAUGGGGCUGGCGGGCAGCCACGGGAACCUGCCCGAUGCCCCGCAGCUCGGCUACCCGGGUCCCGGCGGAAUUCCCAACAUCAUCCUCACAGUGACUGGCGAGUCCCCGCCCAGCCCGUCCAAAGAACUGGGCAGUUCGCUGGCAGGGCUGGGAGACGUGGGCUUUGAGGCCGAUAGCCACUUCCCACUGGACGAGCUCAAGAUCGACCCCCUGACCCUGGAUGGACUGCACAUGCUCAAUGACCCCGACAUGGUCCUGGCCGAUCCGGCCACCGAGGACACCUUCCGGAUGGACCGGCUGUGAGCACAGCCCCGUGCCCUGCGCUCCCGCACCGCCGGGCGGCUCCGCCCCACACCGCACUGCACAGGCUGUGCCUGUGCCCCCGCGCUUGCCUUGCCGUCCCCGCGGACCCUCCCCGGGACCCUCCCCGCGCCAGGCCCCGACGGCCGCAGGCCUGGGGGGACAACCACCGACUGUUGCCAGCCGUCACUGCCGUCCCCGCCCAGCGCCCCAUCCACGCCAUGUGGGGCCCAGGCCCGUGCAGGGGAGCAUCUGGGUGUGUUGGAGGUUCCUGGCGGGGGAGGGGGUGGGGGUGACGACUUGCUGCCCCCACCUUGUUUCUGUUCUGUGCGCCCAGGAAUGAUUUCAGGAAUGGGGGAAGUGUGCCAGGGCCAUCUCAUCGUGGUGUUCCGUUUGUCUCGGGUUCGUGACUACACUGUGGGGGGGUCGAAAGGGGGAGGGGCGCUGCGCCCCAACCGUCCUCCUGCCUGUCAGCAUGUUGUGACCCAAACCCCCCCACCCCCGCGCACAUUCUGAAGCAAACUGGAAAUUUCUGGACCCCGCGGGUCUACGGGUGGGGGCCAGGUCAGGCCAGCCAGGAUGAAACUGCAACUGUUUGCGGGGGUCUCCCAAGACCCCGCCCCGCCAGGCCCCUUCCCCAGGCACACGGACCGAGGAGACCAGGGUGGGGGCUGUGAGGGAGUUCUCCUUGUCCCCGACCCCUGCUGUGUCGGGACAGGAAGCCCCAUUGCUGUUUCUGGGGGGGUCCCUGCCACACCUCCCCUGGGGAGGACCCCAGCACUUGGCCAGGCUGUUGGCCCCCCGGCAUGAGGACACCCCUCCUUGGCUGAGCCACCCCCCCACCGUCUGGGUGGGGGUGCUGAGCUGGCCAGCAGGGGGCUGGGGGAGCCCCAUUUUGUUUUUUAAAGAACUACAUGUACAUAGAAGAGUUUGAUUACAUUAGACUUGUAUGUAGACCUUUUUUUAAAAAUGGCCUUAAUAAAAAGACGAGCAACCUUCCUGCGCUAAGUGAGCCCUGGCUGCAGACCCCCGCCCCAGCCCCGCUGCGCAGGGGGGAGGCUGCCAGGCGGGGGGCAGGCAGGACACAGCCAGAGGCCACCGCAGCCCGUUCCCGGGCCAGCCUGUGCAACUUUUCAAUGUUUUCCACUAAACACUUUUGAAUUUCCAAGACUUUCUUUGACCAGAGCACCCGGAGGACUUGUGAAAUACUGUGAUUUCAGGGUGAGCCGUGCCGUGAGGGGGGCUGGAGCCUCCCACCAUGUACAUAGAUGCGCCACCACCUGCAUCCCACUCCCUCCCUCGCUGGAUCGCUUGGGGGCCCCGUGCCCCCUUCAGUCAGUGCUGCCCAUCCCAUCCCCACCGGGUCCCACAGCCUGCCACACCUUGGCCAGGGAGCAGGGACCACCCAGAGGCAUUGUUUGCCUCAGUUUACCUCUGUGCUCUUCAUCCCGAGGGUGGAGUCAGGGCCACAGCCUGUGCCCUAAGAUCAGGCUGGCGUGGGAAGGGGCAGAGGGGGAUCCCAUCUCACCCGGGCAGUGGCCCCGAGGGACACUCAGGCCAACUUCUCUCCCAUGUGCUCUCCGGAACACCCUGCCCAAGACACCCCAGUUUCCCUGCAGAAAGCUCAGGGGGCAUGUUGACCCCUUUGCAGAAUUUGGGGUCCCCCAGCCGGCAGCAUGCAGAAACUGGCCGGACCCCCUCUGGGUAUGCAUGCGUGCCAGGAGGGGCCUUUCCUGGGGGUGAUGCCGCCCCACCCCUCGACGUGGCCCUCAGGGCUACCUGAGAUGACCCCUCCACAGCACCCCUGCCUGCUGCCUCCCCUCAAACUUCCCUCUGCUCCUCCCUGCCAGCACUUGCUGGAGGGUCUCCGGGUCUGGGCUGCCUCGUCAUGCCUGAUUCUUGGAGGCAGCCCAAGGCGCCCCGGGGUGCAGCACAGCCAGGGCCACUGUCCAUCUGUUCGUAUGUCCACCCGGGCUGUGUCUGGGACAGAGUGGCCUGUCCUGCACUCAGGAAGAUGGAAAUGGACUUGAGGGAGGCUGGUUGUAGCCCCCUUGUCCAGGGCCUGUGGGGACUCGGAAGCCCCCACCGUGGACUGCUGCAAAGCCAAACCUUCCUCCAAGCCCGGCUCCCAGCUGCACUUGGCGUUUCCAAAGGAAGCACCAUGCCCCCACCCCGAGACGGGCUGGACCUGUAUUGGAGGCCUUGCCAGGGACCCCCAGCCCCCACCACCAUCUGUGCUGGGUCUCGUGGAAUGCCAGUGGAGACCUGGGCCAGGGUGGUGACCAGCAGAGCUGGUGGGGGCUGGCCUAGGGAGAGGGGGCAGCUGGUCUGUUUCUGUCUCCAUCUUCCUGGGGUGUCUUGUGUGACGAGUUUCCUGGCACAUGCCUGAGCUGACUAUUGGCUUUGGCUGUCCCCAUCUGCAGGGCUCCUAGCCUGGGCCACAGCAGGGCCACAAGCUGCACUCCCCCAGGAAGGCGGGAGAGAGCCCCCUGGAGGCUGAGGUGGUACCUGCAGCCCAGCCCAGCCCCAGACGCCAGGGAAAGGCGUGGCUUGGGAGUUGCCCCUUGUUCUCAGGAUUCUGGUCCUGGAAUUUGGGGGCAAUCGGUGCCCAACGCCGCCUGUCACUUCUGACCUCUUUCCCCUGGGAGUCCUGGCCGUGCCCCUCCCUCCGCCAACACGCGACGCUGCGGGGUUAGAAGCCUCAGCAGCGAGAAGGGCCACUGACAUAUGCAAAUGCGCCUCGGCCCAGCCCGCCCCGCCCCAGCAUGUACACGCGCUGUGGAUGGCCCGCGGCCUUGCGUGCGGGUCACCGCGGCGGGCGGGGUGGGCAGCUCAGGGCCCCUUUGGCCGGGCCCUGCCCGUCCUCUCUGACCUGGACGCUUUUUUCUUUGUACCUUUGCACCCUUUGUAUUGAAAUGUAAUAAAAACCCGAUGUUUUUGUC